UCAGUCACUGCAGUAGAUCUCAGAUCUCUCUCACUGACUCUGGAAGCUUCGCUUUCUCGCUGCUUCCAGAACUGGAGGAGUGGAUGCUUCUAGAAACCGGCUGGUGCUUUAUAUAGUGAGCAGCUGGGGGUCUCCGGGUAAACACUCGAGGAGAGCAGCAGAGUCACAGCUCGUGAGGAGCCAACAGGAUCACAGCAGCGGAGCUCAACAGCAGUGGGAUAAUACACAGCACAGACCUAGUGCAAGUGGCACAAGAGAUACACGAUGCCGGAAGACAAUGGAAACACUCAACGAAUGGAGGAAGAAGUGGAGACUUUUGCUUUUCAAGCUGAGAUAGCUCAGCUGAUGUCCCUAAUCAUAAACACAUUUUAUUCUAACAAGGAGAUCUUCCUUAGGGAGCUGAUUUCCAACUCAUCAGAUGCUCUGGACAAAAUCAGAUAUGAGAGUUUGACUGACCCAAGCAAGCUGGAUUCUGGAAAGGAAUUAAACAUUGAUCUGAUUCCAAACAAACUAGAGCGUACUCUCACUUUAAUAGACACUGGUAUUGGUAUGACCAAAGCUGAUCUCAUUAACAAUCUGGGUACUAUCGCCAAGUCUGGAACAAAGGCAUUUAUGGAGGCUCUGCAGGCUGGAGCUGAUAUAUCCAUGAUUGGCCAGUUUGGUGUUGGUUUCUACUCUGCGUACCUUGUUGCCGAGAAGGUCACAGUGAUCACCAAACACAAUGAUGAUGAGCAGUAUGUCUGGGAGUCUUCUGCAGGUGGAUCAUUCACAGUUAGAGUCGAUAAUGGGGAACCUUUAUCUCGUGGAACUAAGGUUGUCUUGCACCUAAAAGAAGAUCAAACAGAGUACUUGGAGGAACGUAGAAUAAAAGAAAUUAUAAAGAAACACUCACAGUUCAUUGGUUAUCCUAUUACUUUGUAUGUUGAAAAGCAGCGUGAAAAGGAAAUUAGUGAUGACGAAGCCGAAGAAAUAACUGAGGUCAAGGAAGAGGAAAACAAAGAAAAGGGUGAAGAAAAACCUGAAAUUGAGGAUGUGGGCUCUGAUGAGGAAGCAGAUGACAAGAAAGGUGACAGGAAGAAGAAAAAGAAAAUUAAGGAAAAAUACAUUGACCGCGAGGAGCUGAACAAGACUAAGCCAAUCUGGACGAGGAACCCUGAUGACAUCACAAAUGAGGAAUAUGGAGAGUUUUACAAGAGUCUGACCAAUGACUGGGAGGAUCACUUGGCUGUUAAACAUUUCUCUGUAGAAGGUCAGUUGGAAUUUAGAGCUCUUAUGUUUGCUCCAAGACGAGCAGCUUUUGAUCUGUUUGAGAACAGGAAGAAGAAAAACAAUAUUAAGUUGUACGUGCGCAGAGUGUUUAUCAUGGACAACUGCGAAGAGCUCAUCCCUGAGUAUUUGAGCUUUAUGAAAGGAGUUGUUGAUUCUGAGGAUCUGCCUCUUAACAUCUCCCGUGAGAUGCUGCAGCAGAGUAAAAUUCUUAAAGUCAUCAGGAAGAAUCUGGUGAAAAAAUGUUUGGAACUUUUCACGGAACUGGCUGAAGAUAAAGAAAACUAUAAGAAGUUUUAUGAACAGUUCUCGAAAAACAUAAAGCUGGGAAUUCAUGAAGACUCACAGAAUAGGAAGAAACUUUCAGAGCUACUGAGAUAUAAUUCUUCAGCUUCUGCAGAUGAAAUGAUAUCGCUCUCAGAAUAUGUAUCAAGAAUGAAAGAAAAUCAGAAACAUAUCUAUUACAUCACAGGUGAAACAAAGGAGCAGGUUGCACAUUCUGCCUUCGUAGAGAGACUUCGUAAACAUGGUCUGGAAGUGAUUUAUAUGACAGAGCCUAUUGAUGAGUAUUGUGUGCAGCAGCUAAAGGAGUUUGAUGGGAAAACGCUGGUUUCUGUUACAAAGGAGGGGUUGGAGCUUCCAGAAGAUGAGGAAGAAAAGAAGAAGCAGGAAGAGACAAAAACCAAGUAUGAGAACCUCUGCAAGAUCAUGAAAGACAUUCUGGAUAAGAAAGUUGAGAAGGUGGUUUUGUCCAACAGAUUAGUGGAAUCUCCUUGCUGUAUAGUAACAAGCACGUACGGUUGGACAGCCAAUAUGGAGAGAAUCAUGAAGGCUCAAGCUCUUCGGGACAAUUCCACUAUGGGUUACAUGGCUGCAAAGAAACACCUUGAGAUCAACAGUGAACAUCCAGUCAUUGAAAGUCUGAGGCAGAAAGCAGAGGCUGAUAAAAAUGACAAGUCUGUAAAGGAUCUUGUGAUACUUCUUUUUGAGACUGCCCUCCUGUCAUCUGGCUUUAGUCUGGAAGAUCCACAGACCCAUGCAAACCGCAUCUACAGAAUGAUCAAGCUUGGUUUAGGUGUUGAUGAAGAUGAUCCAACUGAAGAGGAACCAACAAACCAGGUGGUGGAAGACAUGCCCCCCCUAGAAGGAGACGAUGAUUUGUCCAGGAUGGAAGAAGUGGACUAAUUGUAAUAUGUAGUUUGCAAAGAGAGGAAAAAAACCCCACUAAAGACUGCACAUCCAGCACUCUGUGCCUGGACUAGGAUAUGAGAAAUUGGGAAAUUUAAAAUAACUUAUUAGUAAUUGUUAAGAUUGAAAGGACUCAAUGUUAAAAACAACUAAAGAACUAUAGGCCCCAUCCUCAAUAUAAAGUAAGCCUUUGAUGUGUUGGGUAAUUUUAGGAUAGUGCGCAAGUAAUAUGUGUUUCAGCAUAUUUAUCUUCACUUAAAUGUAUGUGGGAUGAUAUUUUUGUACAAAUGUGUUAUCUGCUGUUGUUACUGAAUAUUUGUUAUCAGCUGAUCAGAUUUGCACUAUGAAUAAUAGAGCUGCUUUUUUUACAUGAGAUUGCCUGGAUUUCCUGACUCACUAUGCAUGUCUUUUAAUUAUUGUGCCAGACUGUCACAUACAUGAAACAUAUGGCAACAUUAUUGUAUAUUAUUGUUAUUUAAGACUAUUUUGCAGAUGGUUAUACAAAUAAAUAUUUUUUUUAGAAAUCUUA